AAUAUCCUCUAUAAAAAUGGAAAAAAAAUUAAAUGAACUCCAAAAAAAUUGAAUAAAAUUUUACUCGUAAACUGUGAUCUGAGAUUUGAUAGGUUUCACUAAACCCUAUAAAAUCAUUUUUCUUACAUCAUCUCUCAAUUUCAGUGUCAUAUAUAUUGUUAGUGUAUCAUUUGUUAUUGUUUGUAUAUUCAAGAACCAUUUUUUAAAAUUGUUUUUUUUACUAUUUUUGAUUGGUAGCAUUGAGUUCAUAUUAUAUAUUACUUAUAUAAGUGGUUUCUUGAUCUUUACUUUUGUAAAAUGCUAAACUUUUAUUGCAUUUUUGGUAUUUAAGACUGUUUUGGUGUAGUGGGGUUGUUGUUAUUAGAUUGAUAUAUGAGAAAAAAAAAGUGAUUGAUUGUGACUUUAAAUAUUGUUUGGAGAAUUGGGGUCUGUUUUUCUUGAUGAAUUUGAUGCAUUGUUUGUUUAUUAGAUUGGCAUUAUUAGAUUUGUGUAGUGAAAGAAGUUUUGUGGUGUUUUUGAGCUGAUUUUGUUGAAGUGUUUGGAAUUUGGAAGUGAAAUUUAGUGAAAAGAUUCAAACUUGAGGAGGAUAAAGUGAAAAGAUUCAAACUUUAAGAAGAUAAAGUGAAAAGAUUGAAACUUUAGGAGGUGAAUUUGGUGCAUUUUUUAUUAGAUUGGUAUUACCAGAUUCAUGUAGUGAAAGAAGUUUUUGGGCUGAUUUUGUUGAAGUGUUUGGAAUUUGGAGGUGAAAUUUGGUGAAAAGAUUCAAACUUUAGGAAAAAGAUUGGAUGUGGAUGAGUGGAGCUGAUUUGUGAUAGUGUUAUAAGUUUGGAGGUGAAUUUGGUACAUUCUUUUAUUAGAUUUGAGCUGAUUUUGUUGAAGUGUUCCUAAUUUGGAGGUGAAUUUGGUGCAUUUUUCAUUUGAUUGGCAUUAAUAGAUUGGUAUAAGGAGAAGUUUCUGCCAUUUUGAGCUGAUUUUAUUGAAGUGUUCCGAAUUUGGAGGUGAAAUUUAGUAAAAAGAUUCGAACUUCAUGGUUUUGAGCUGAUUUUCUUGACGGGUUUCAAAUUUGGAGGUGGAAUUUAACUUCACGUUUUUGAGCUGAUUUUCUUGAAGAGUUUCCAAGUUUGGAGGUGAAAUUUAGUGAAAGAUUCGAACUUUAGGCGUAUUUGAGCUGAUUUUCUUGAAGUGUUCCAAAUUUGGAGGUGAAAUUUAGUGAAAAGAUUCAAACUUUAGGCGUUUUUGAGCUGAUUUUCUUGAAGGGUUCCAAAAUUUGGAGGUGAAAAGAAUCGAACUUUAGGCGUUUUGAGCUGAUUUACUUGAGGGGUUUCAAAUUUGGAGGUGAAAUUUAGUGAAAAGAUUCAAACUUUAGGAAGAGUAAAGUGAAUUUUUUUUGGAUGUGGAUGAGUGGAGGGGGGCAAUGAGAGGUGAAAUUUUAUUAUUAAGAGGACAACAAUGACUACAGGGUCAUUGGGUCUUCGUUCUUCAGGAAGUUAUGGUUCUUUACAACAACAACAAUUUCAGAAUAAUUCAUCACCAAUACAAACAACACCACCUAUUCCAAGAAAGCCCCCAAAAUUGUUUAAGGAGAAAGAAGGAUUGUUUUUCUGGAUCUGCAAAUUCGCCCCUCGAAAGAAUGUCGGAAUGCUGCUGUUGUGUGUUGUUUCUGCUGCAGCUUUUCUGUGGGUCUUGUAUGUUGGCAAAGGUGAAGUUGCAGCGGAACAAAGUAAUGGGAUGUUUGCUCCAGAAACUGUACAUAAAUAUAUUUUUAGGGGUAUUGAGUCAAUAAAAAAAACUAAUGUUGGCCGAAGUGCAUCAACUAUCCAACCUCCUCUUCUUCCUCCUCCUCCUGUAUAUUUCAAAGGAUACACUCUUCCUCCUGGAAAUCCAUGUGAAGGCUUCACAUUGCCACCCCCGCCAGCAGAUAAGAAGAGGACUGGACCACGACCAUGUCCGGUGUGCUACCUUCCUGUUGAACAAGCUAUUGCAUUAAUGCCUGAAGUGCCGUCCUUUUCUCCUGUUGUUAGCAAUUUGACUUACAUCCAUGAAGAGAAUCAGAGUAAAACCGAGUUUGGAGGUUCAGAUUUCGGCGGAUAUCCUUCGCUGAUUCAGAGGAAUGACUCAUAUGACAUAAGAGAGUCAAUGAGCGUGCACUGCGGUUUUGUUAGAGGAAUGAGGCCUGGACAUCAGACAGGUUUUGACAUUGACGAUUCUGACCUUCUUGAGAUGGAAUCUUGUCAAGGUGUCGUGGUGGCAUCGGCAAUAUUUGGGGCUUUUGAUUUGAUACGGCAACCAAAGAAUACCAGUGAAUAUGCAAAGAAAAAUGUCUGCUUCUAUAUGUUUGUGGAUGAGGAAACAGAGGCAUUUUUGAGAAAUUCAAGUGAGCUGAACAGUAGCAUGAGAAUUGGUUUGUGGAGAAUUGUUGUUGUUCAUAACCUACCUUAUGAUGAUCCGAGGCGAAAUGGAAAGGUUCCAAAGCUUCUACUCCACAGGCUUUUUCCUAAUGCUCGUUAUUCUCUGUGGAUUGAUGGAAAGCUUGAGCUUGUUGUGGAUCCUUAUCAAAUACUUGAAAGGUUCUUGUGGAGAAAAAAUGCCAGCUUCGCAAUAUCAAGGCACUACAAGCGCUUUGAUGUGUUUGUAGAAGCAGAAGCUAAUAAGGUGGCUGCAAAGUUCGACAAUGCUUCCAUCGACUUCCAGGUUGAAUUCUAUAAAAAGGAAGGACUAACUCCAUAUUCCAGGGCUAAACUUCCUAUUACAAGUGAUGUCCCUGAGGGAUGCGUAAUUAUAAGGGAACACAUUCCGAUCUCCAAUCUCUUUACUUGUCUUUGGUUUAAUGAAGUGGACCGUUUUACUCCAAGAGAUCAAAUAAGCUUUGCCAUUGUGAGAGAUAAGGUCAUGUCAAAGACAAAUUGGACUGUGAAUAUGUUCUUAGACUGCGAACGGCGUAACUUUGUGAUUCAGGGGUAUCACAGAGACGUUCUUGAGCGCCCGACUCCACCUCGUGCAAGUAUAAUCGUUCACCCUCCACCGCCUGUAAUCCUGAAGCUCAACAGACCUCACCAAAUGUUUCAUCGUCAACUGUCAUAACUACUCCAAUCAAAAAGAUCCCCACGAAGCGUGGAAGAGAGAGGAAAUCCAAGCGUCAUAGAAAAGUCAUUGCUGGAAAUAAAGAUCCUAAUUUCACUUAAAAAUUUUGAAUUGAGCAAAUUUUUAUUUUUUUCCCUUCCCUGUUGUCAAGUACAUCAACCGCGGGUUAGGAACUGUGAAAGAUGAGUGCUAUAGCUGUUGUUUCCAAAAACGAGUCAAGCAUCAAGUUCUUCAUAAAAUUCUGUAGAGUGUCAAAUUUAUCUAAUUUUUUGUUGUAUAUAUUUGAGUCUUAGCAAGUAUUCUCAUAGCAAUUUUAUACUGCAAAUUGCCUUAUUUUAUUGCUAGCUUCAUGUAGUAUUUCUUCUCAUAGAACUGUUGGUUCUGAAGCAAAGAUGAAAUUCAAUUUCGUUCA